AUGGAGUUUCUCCAAAAUAAAUAUUCAUCCAGUCACAACUGCGUAGUGCAAGACCUAGUUCAACACGAACAUUCCAACCGCAAAACAACCAGCAACAGAAGCCUAAAAAUCACCCAUGGUAAAGUUGUCAUCGACCGGAAGAGCAUAUUUAAGGCUCAUGCAGCUCUUAUAACCCCCGGUGGAGCAAGCUACAUGGCUAAGCACUGGAAUAAUGAAAGAGAGAACGCUGCUGGGAGUCACCUGCUUCAUUUAUUCCAGGCUAUGGGAGCCACUAACGUAAUGGUGGUGGUGUCUCGCUGGCGUGGAGGUGUCAACAUUGGCCCAGACCGCUUUCGUCACAUCAACAGUGUGGCGAGGCAGGUGCUGCAGCAGCUUGGGUUUUGUGAAGAAAUAGUUAGCAACCAGAUCCUGCUUACAGUACUGACCCACUGA